GUCUCCAUGCGCUAUCGGGACGACCUCCCCCUGGCGCUGAAGGGCGUCAGCCUGCAGGUGCUGCCGGGCCACCGCGUGGCCAUCGUGGGCGGCACCGGGAGUGGCAAGUCCACGCUGCUGCGCGUGCUGCUCAGGACCGUCGAGAUCGGCUCAGGCACGGGCUCCGUCUUCGUCGACGGCGAGGACAUCCGCAAUAUCGGCCUCGAGAAGCUGCGUACCGCAGUGACGGCCAUCCCGCAGGAGAACUUCCUGCUGACGGGCACGGUGCGGGCCAACGCGGACCCGUCCGGCGCCCGCGGGGACGACGAGAUCCGCGGGGCGUUGCGGGCCGCGUCUCUGGGGCACUGGGAGCUGGACCAGGAGCUGAGCCCUAGCGGCGGCAUCUCGCCAGGCGAGCGCCAGCUGCUCGGCGUGGCUCGGGCGCUGCUGCGGCGGUCCCGGGUGGUGGCCCUGGACGAGGUCACGUCGCGCGUCGACGAGGCCACGGACCGCCGCGUCCAGGAGGCGCUGCGCGCGCUGCCGACCGGCACCACGUUGCUGGUCAUCUCGCACCGGCUGGCGACCCUCGACGGGUACGACGCCGUCGUCGUCAUGGAGGACGGGCGGGUGGCGGAGGUCGGCGGCCCCGAGGCGCUGCGCGCCGACCCCGGCUCGCGCUUCUCCCGGCUGCUCGCCGCGGAGCUGUCAGGCGCCGCCCCCGCGGGGGCGGCGCGGCCGCAGCCCGUGGCCGCGUGAGCCGCGCCCGCCUCGCCCUCGGAGGAGGAUCGGGUAUGGUUCCCUGGAUGUCUUCGCCCGCCGCUCCUCCCCCCAUCGUCGCGCACCGCGUGCGCGCUCCCGGGG